UCAAAAUACAAACACAUGCCCCCAAAAAGAUGGAGGGAAGUAUCAAGCUACUUGAGGCAAACCGAGUCCUUUCUCCAGUGAGAUGCAGUAGUAAGCCUCUACCACCCAUUGCCCUGGAGACCGAUAAUACUGAUGGCAUGUCGAAAGGGAGUAGCCAUAUGUUCCUUGAGCAGAGCAAAGUUGAAGUGGAGGAGUCAAUGAAACAUUUGCUAACAGAAGCUCAGACUGUAGAGGCAAAGAUACACAGAGGGAUUGAAGUGCUAUGGCAGAGAAUGCAGGAUCUCUUGGAGCAUAAAAGUCAAGAAAUGCAACAACAAGUGACAUCUUUGAAGGAAGAACUGAGCGAGAGUGAGGGAAAACUCUCACGAUUGAGUGCACAAGAGGCAGCCCUAGUGCAGCAGAGUGCAAAAGCAAGCACACAACUGACAAAAGAGGAGAGGAAGAGAAAAGAUUUAGAGCAGAGUAUUAGUGGAUUGCAAGCAAAGCUUGAUGCAAGUCAGAAGGAGCUUAAUGCUCUGACGUUGCAUUUCAAAGACAGAGAGAAAGCACAGAAAGAAGAGGUUCAAAAACUCCAAUCACAGCUGGAAGAGAAGACCAGUGCAUUGAAAGAUUAUCAAAUGAAGAUCAAGCAAUUAACUGAAAAGAUGAAUUUGCUGACUAAAGACUUAACUCACGAAAAAUCAAGCUCAGAAAAACAGCACAGGAAUACGUCUGAUCAAUUGGCACAGCAGACAUCAGAAAACAGGAAACUAAUGCUAGAAAUAUCAAAAUUAAAAGGAACUUUGGCAUCUACUGUAUCUUCGCUGACGGCUUGCAAAGAAGAAAAAAAGAAACUUGAACAGGCUCUCCAUUUACAGGAACAAGAUCAUGAAAUUACAAUUGGUAGAAUGAAUAAGAAACAUGCAUCUGUGACAAAAGAGCUUGAAGAACAGAUAGCAGCUCUAAAGAAAGAGCUGGAGCUAUUGAACAAGCAAUACGCAAUAGAUGCUGAAUUUUAUAAGCAGCAGUUAAUGGAAAAUGAAAAGGAAUUAGCAACUUUGAGAGCGCUAGCUAAAAAUAGCAACAGUGAUAGUUAUCUUGAAGCACGAAUACAAUUUUUAAGGCACCAGAACUUGCAGGAAAUUAAACUACAGCAAGACAGAAAAAGCAAUAGAAAAUGAUAAUUUAUUAUUUACGAAAAUCAAAUUUUAUAACUUCA